AUGUCUUCUUGUUCGGGGGAUGAUGGUUUGCCUGCGAAUUAUCAAUGGUUUUCGAAUCAGAUUGCGGGACAUCAUCCAUCGGUUAUCAAGAAUGGGAAGAGAGAAAUUGGUAAUUUUGAGGGACCCUUAGAAUUUGAGAGGGGGGGGCUAUGACGUGGCAAAAAAACGAUUUGAAUCGGAAAUAUUUUUGAGAAAAUUGAAAUACUGGAAGUUUGCAGGGAUUUUUUGGGGCGAAAAUUCUGAAUUUCAAAUUUUCAAAAAUAUUUUGACACGUGGAUUUUUGGCACCAAACUUUGAUUUUUCGAAAAUUCAAAAAAUUUAGCCACGUGGAAAAUUGAAUUUUGAAUUUUCGAGAAAAAAUUUAGCCGCGUGGAUUUUUAGGCUGAAAAAUUUGAUUUUUAAAAUUUAUGAAAUUUUUCGAAAUUUCAAAAAAUUGCCACGUGGAUUUUUAGGCGCAAAAAUUCUGUAUUUCAAAUUUUCAAAACUAUUGUGCCACAUGGAUUUUCUGACGCGAAAAUCGAAUUUUCGAAAAAAAAUGCAAAAAUUCAAAUUUUUGCCAUUGAAAAUCCACGUGGCAAUUUUUUGAAGAUUUAAAAUUUUGAAUUUUCGAAAUUCCAAAAAAUUUAGCCACGUGGAAAAUUGAAAUUUCAAAAUUUUCAAAAAAAAAACGCCACGUUGAUUUCCAGGCGCGAAAACUUUGAAUUUUCGAAAUUUCAAAAAAAAUUUUCCACGUGGAAAAUUGAAAUUUCAAAAUUUUCAAAAAAAACGUGGAUUUUCAGGCUUUAGAACUUGAAUUUUCGAAAUUAAAAAAAAUGCUACGUGGAUUUUUAAGCGCUAAAAUUUGAAUUUUUCAAUUUUUAAAACUAUUUGCCACAUGGACUUUCAGAAAGUUCUAAAAUUCAAAAUUCCACCCGAACCUCCAGGUUUCAAAUUUCUUUUCUUUUCUCUCUUUUUCUCCCGAGCCAGCUAUUUGUCCAAAUCUUUGCUCAUUUACAUAAUAAAUGAGCGAUUAGAGGUUGACUUGUUGUUCAAUUGUUUUCACAGCAGCCGUUAUUUGUUCAGCUGACGGGCGAUCUCGCACCUUUAUUUAUCCCCAGAAAAAUUCAAAAUUCAAAAUUUCCAGGCCUGCUUCAAAUCUCGGGAACUUCGGAAUGUCUCAAACCGAAACAGGAUGCGAGUCGUGGAGAGAAAGAGGUAUUUUACACGGUGUUUUAUACAGGGUGACGUGUUUGGUCUCAAAAUUUGAAAAGGUUUUGUUGUAGUUCUCUCGGAGGAUUUUUAAAAGCCCGUGUGAUACAUUUUUCACCUGUAGAAAUAAAUAAGAAAUUGUGGUUACGCAACAUUUAUGCGCUUUUUUGCUGCUGCACCUGUGAACAUGUUUUACGAUGAUUUUUUUACAGGGGGAUCAUGAACAUUUUUUGGGGAGGAGAACACGCAAUACAAAUUAGCGGGGAGGGGAGGGAAUUUCUAGAAUCUGGAUUGUAAAAUUCAGAAUCUGUGGAUUUGAAAAUUGAAAUUUGAAAAAAAAAGAAUAUUUAUGGGGAUUUUCACACUUGAAAUGUGAAAAUUUUCAAAAAAAUUGAAAAAAAAUCAAAUCGUAUUUUUUUGAGUUCAAAAGUGCUUCUCUAGGCGAGACUACUUGGCGAUUAGGCUCUCUAGGCGCUGACUCUUGAAAAUUGUAUUCUCUAGGCGCUGCUCCUUGACAGGGUGGAUCUUAAGAGGCCGCUGCUUGAUAACAAUGUUUUCAAGGCGCGGCUGCUUGCCUGAGUGGAUCUGAAGGCGCCGCUCCUUGCCAUAGUGAAUCUCUAGGCGCAGCUGCUUGUCUGAGCGGAUCUCUAGGGGCUUCUCCUUGACAGGGUAGAUCUCUAGGGGCGGCUCCUUGACAGCGGUAGAUCUCUAGGCUCGGCUGCUAGACAUAUCAGCUAUCAAGGCGCGGCUCCUUGCCAUAGUGGAUCUGAAGGCGCUGCUCCUUGACAGGGUAGAUUCCUAGGAGUAGCUGCUAGACAUAUCAGUUCUCAAGGCGCGACUGCUUGCUAGAGUUGAUCCAAAGGCGCGACUCCUUGCCACAAUGGAUCUCUAGGAGCGGCUACUUGCUGUAGAAGCUCUCAAGAGGCCGCUGCUUAACAACAAUGUUUUCAAGGCGCGACUCCUUGCCAAACUGACCCUCUAGGCGCUGUGCCUUAAAAAUUAAGCUCUCCAGGCUCAGCUAGAUUUCCAGGCUUGUCUAUAGACCCAGAUUUUUCAGAAUUUGAAGUUGAUAGCUUCAAAAGCUGCUGGAACGUUGAAGAUUUCAGAAUCCAGAAGUUCCAAAUCUCAAAAUUCAGCAGAAUCCAAUUUCUAACUUCAUUUUCAACUUAAAACCUCGAAUUUUAUCUCUAAAUUUUCAACAAAUCCUGAAAAAAACAUCCAAAACAGGUUUAAAAAUCAUAAUUUUCUGUCUCAAAAUUUCUGAAUUUUCAAAAAUCCUCCUCACAUCCAAAAACUCGUAAAAAAAAACCUACAGUAACCCUAACUCAUCUCAUAUUUUCUCCAUAUUUACGUAACACUCUCCACUAAUUACCAAAAUAUACGGUUAUCAAAUUCUUCCCACGCUUUCUUUUUUACUAUUUUCUUCUGCUACUACUGCUGUUGCAUACAUAUUUAAUUAAUUAUAAUUAAUUAACUGCAAUGAUUUUAUGACACUCAUAAAAUAUUGUGUAUUCGAGAACAUUUAGGGGGGUACUGUAGGAUACUGUAAUAUUCUAGGAUACUGUACUAUUAGGAUACUGUACUAUUACUAGGAUACUGUACUGUAUUGUACUAGGAUACUGUACUAUUACUAGGAUACUGUAAUAUUACUAGGAUACUGUACUAUUACUAGGAUACUGUACUAUUACUAGGAUACUGUACUAUUACUAGGAUACUGUACUAUUACUAGGAUACUGUACUGUACUGUAGGAUACUGUACUAUUACUAGGAUACUGUACUAUUACAAGGAUACUGUAAUAUUACUAGGAUACUGUACUAGGAUACUGUACUACUGUAGGAUACUGUACUAUUACUAGGGUACUGUACUAGGAUACUGUACUAUUACUAGGAUACUGUACUGUACUAGGAUACUGUACUAGGAUACUGUACUAUUACUAGGACACUGUACUAUUACUAAGAUACUGUACUAUUACUAGGAUACUGAACUAUUACUAGGAUACUGUACUAUUACUAGUAUACUGUACUAGGAUACUGUACUGUACUGUAGGAUACUGUACUAUUACUAGGAUACUGUACUAUUACUAGGAUAUUGUACUAUUACUAGGAUACUGUACUAGGAUACUGUACUGUACUAGGAUACUGUACUAGGAUACUGCACUAUUACUAGGAUACUGUACUAUUACUAGGAUACUGUACAAAAAGUACUGUAGGUUACGGUAGAUAGAUAUUACGGUAGCCAACGACCUUGUUUGUUUUCGAUUCUUCUUCAUUCUGAGGUGACAUGUCAGUCAUAAGUAUAUAAUAUCCGGAAUUGCGCAAUCAAUUGCAACAACUUUUUUUGGAGACUCAUCACAGAAGAUGAUGCUACCUUUUCUUGUUAAUCUGACAAGGGAAAUGGGGAAUUUUUUUCACGGGACCCUAUUUUUGACUGGAAAAAAUUUCUGGAAUUUUGAGCUCAAAAUACUUACAAGAAAAAAUGCACCAACUUUUCAAAAAAAUUCUGAAAAAUUGUCCAAAAAAUUGAUUUUUUCUCCCUAGAUUUCGAUUUUUUUCCGGAAAAAUACGUGGUUUAAAUUUUCAAAAUUCAAAAAUCUACACUUUUCAUUUUUUCAGUGCCUACCUAAAUUAAGAAGUUAGCCUAAUUUAAAAAAAAACAGUACUCGUAGCUAAUUGUCAAGGAGCCACGCCUAGAGAGCCCAAAUGCCAAGCAGCCGCGCCUAGAGAGCUCCUAUGUGAAGUAGCCGCGCCUUGGGAGCUUCUAUGGCAAGGACCAGCGCCUUGAGAGCCGAAAUGCCAAGCAGCCGCGCCUAGAGAGCUCCUAUGGCAAGUAGUCGCGCCUAGAGAUCCUAGUUGUCAAGGAGCCGCGCCUUGAGAGCUUCUAUGGCACGUAGCCGCGCCUAGAGAACAACUAUGACUAGGAGCCGCGCCUUGAGAGCUCAUGUGUCAAGUAGCCGCGCUUAGAGAUUCACUCUGUCAAGCAGCCGCGCCUAGAAAAAUCAAUUUUCAAGGAAUCGUGUCUAGAACUUUUUCCAAUCAAAUUUUCACCUAGAAAUUUCCAGACCUUCUCAAAAUCUCUAAUGAUAGCAUCCUAAAAAUGUUGUUGUAUAUCCGCGUCAAGUACUAUAAUAUUGUGCUUCCUCUUACGCAACAAUUUCCACAGAAGAUCUUGACAAGUUUCCAGGUAGCCAUCUACAAACUUAUGUCCUCCAAUAAUGACGAAUUACGCAACUACUCUUCGGAAAUCAGGUAUACAUUUAUUCAUUCAACCAAGAAACUUUCGAAUCUUAUCUGAUUUUCAGCAGCGAAUUCUCCACCUGCGAACCUUCAGAUGUUCAACAACUUCGAAAUUUGUGUCCGCGAUUUUUCGGAAUUCGAAAAUUGUUUGUGGACGGUCAAGGUAAUCAGAAAAAGAGAUGAACCUCAUAAAUUCGCCUAAUUGUGUGGCCAGAUGUUUUUUGAAAACGAAAUUCACUUUCGAUUCUUUAAAUGGUCUUCCGAUUAUCAUAGCCUGGACGAUUUCAAAAAAAAAAAAAUAAAAUCUAUCAUUUUAAAGGGACAGACACCAAAUAAAAUGAAAUGAAAUACAAUGAAUGAAUAAUUAAUCGCGUGUCGCGAAGAAUUUUAUGACGUGUUUUAUGGGCUUUUUGGCAUGUCGAGAGUUUUUUAGUAGAAUUGAAUUGGAUUUAAUGAAAAUAGGGAUUAGAGAUUUGAAUUUCGCAAAGAGAACGAACAAAAUUUGAAAAAAACACUACAAAUUUUGAAAGCGCGCGCGAAAAAUGCAAUUUUUAUCAAUGGGGCGCACUUCCAUUUCUACUUUUAUUUUCUUGUUUUUUUGUUUUUCGAAAAAAAUCAAAUUCGCCCAUUUUUUGUUGUUUUUUCAUUAAAUAACAUGAUUUCAGGCGAACAACACGGGAUUUCGAGUGAAAUGUAAGUAAUAUUAUGAAAAUCUGAAAGUUUCAGCUUUUCCUAAACUCAAAACCUUUGAAUUUUUGAGGGAAAAGCUGGAAAUUCAGCAAAAGCCUAGGUUUCAGGUGUGAAAUUUAAAAAAAAGCUCAGAUUUCAAGCUCACAAGGGAAGCAAAUCUGAAAUUUUGAUGAAACAUAUUGAAAUAUACCAAAUCGAACAUGCUGAUCACGAUUCUGAAGUCAGAAAUUGCCAAAAUAAGUUCUCACAGGGAUUUGUGGCAAUUUUUGACUUCGGAAUCGUGAUCAGCAUGGUUGAUUUGGUCGAUUUCGAUAUGUUUCAUCAAAAUUUCAGAUUUACUCCCCUUGUGAGGGUUUUCAUCUUGAAAUCCAAGCUUUUUCUCAAAUUUCACACCUGAAAUCUAGGCUUUUGCUGAAUUUCCAGCUUUUCCCUCAAAAAUUCAAAGGUUUCGAGUUCAGGAAAAGCUGAAACUUUCAGAUUUUCAUAAUAUUUCCCCAAAAUACUUACAUUUCACUCGAAAUCCCGUGUCCAAUCUUCGAUUUUUGUGUUUUUCGCCUGAAAUUAUGUUAUUUCAUGAAAAAACAACAAAAAAUAGGCGAAUGAACAAUUUUCGAAAAACAAAAACAAGAAAAAAUAAAAGUAGAAAUGGAAGUGCGCCCCAUUGAUAAGUAAAAAUUGCAUUUUUCGCGCGCGCUCUCAAAUUUUUUCGUGUUUUUUGUCGAUUUCCCAACCAAAUACACACACACCUCGGGUACGUAUACGUAAAGUCUCCAUAACGUACACUUUUUGAUUCUCGCACACGUGUACGUUAAGUACACCUGAGAUGUCCAUAUGGAGACUCUCACGUGUACGUAACGGACAAAAUUACGGACAUAAAAAGUGUACUUUUGAAAUUUCAGAAUUUAUUUUUCAGAUUGAUAAUGUGAAUCUAUUUCAGUUAUAGAUCAGUUCAAAAUUGACUGCAAUUCAAUAUUGCUUAGAAAAAACUUCCAUUCCUCUGCGUUUUUUAGCGAAACACGCUUGGGGGAAGGGAAGGCGCUCUGUCUACUUAUAUAAUUCUAGCGACCGACACCUCGCGUGCUGCGCGCUGCGACCGACACCUCGCGUGCUGCGCGCUUUUCCGUGGGAAGUGGGCGGGGCUUAUCUUUUUUUCUGGAUUUCGCGUUUUUCUUGCAAUUUUUGAGUUUUGUUUGCAAAUAAAAACGUGAUAAAAUAUGAAAAUGACUGAAAAUAGAUGGGAUAUCAGUCCAGGAAUGAAACUUAGACCUAAUGUCGAGCAAAUUUUUCUUUUUGAGUGGAAAAUGAAGACAAAAAUGGCCAAAUUUGUAUAGAAACAAUUAACUAGGAAAGAAAAAGUACUGAAAUUAUGAAAGAACUUAUCUAUAAGACGUAGGAUGGAAAAUUUAUAAAAAUGAAAAUGUAUUUUUUAUAGGUUACAAAAAAUGUACUCAACGUAUACUUUAUGGAGAUGAAAAAGUGUACGUUAUGGAAAUAAUACAUCUCCGUUACGUGUACUUUUCAAAAAGUCUUUCCGAUUAUCGAACUGAGUUUUUGAUUCAUUCUUUGACAUCACAAACAUUGAGAAAACAACGAAAAUUAAGUUUUUCGAAAAACCUCCAAUGAUUUAUCAAUUUUUGCCAAGUCUACUUUACGGAUGAAAAAUAUACACGUUACGUCCACUUUUCCAAAAUUUCAACUUUCACCAUAAAUUUAUUCGAAAUGGUCUCGAAACCUCGCGAAAAGUUGUUAAACUAACUCCCAAGCUCAUAAGGGACAGAUUUAGUCCAAAAAACAGUCAAAAUCUUCCAUGAAAUUUUACACGUUUUGUAUCCGUUGAAAACACGUAUACGUUAUGGACAAAAAAAAGUAUACGUUAUGGAUAAAGUAUCCCUAACGUAUACCUAAGGUAUACGUAGCCUAGGUGUGUGUGUACAUGUUUCAAUGCUUUACAGAUCGCGAAUUUCUAAUCCUCGAAGAUGUCACUGCAAACUACAAUCUUCCAGCGAUUCUCGACUUGAAAAUGGGCCGAAAAACGUAUGAUCCACUGGCGAGUCGCGAGAAAAUCGACAAAGAAUCGAUCAAAUAUCCGCCACAGGCGAAAAUUGGCUGUCGAUUGUUGGGAUAUCGUGUAAGUUUUGUGUAUUUCUCUCGGACUAAAAUUAAAAAUUCAAAAAAUUCCCGCUCGUUCGUUCCAUCUGUGAGCAUUUGUUGUGUCUUGACACCGGCACAAAGGCGGAUUAUAGUGCGCGAGAAAUUAAGAAGGCAAGCAGGCGGGGGCAAUUAAGAUGACACCACAUGGUGACACUUGACUGUACUUAUUAGGUGACAGUGAGAAAAAACGGGUAUCGCUAUUUGAAUUUUUAAUUACACUUGGAUGAGCUUGAGAUUAUCGGAUCUGGCGAGGGGUUUUCUGGAAACUGGAUGUGAACCUAGAUUCUAGAAUUCUGAAAAUCGGAUUUUUGGCUUAGAAAACUAGAAAUUGCAAGGAUCAGCGCCUAGAGAGCCUAGUUUUCAAGCAACCUCGCCUAGAGAGCCAUUUCUGAACUCUAAAAACUAGAAUUUGGUUAUCGGUGUGAUUUUGAAGCUUUUUUUCAUGAAAUUUAUGAUUUUUGAAAAAUCAAACACUUUUUCUAAGUCAAUUUUCGCGCUGAAAACUCUGGAAUCACUCAUUUUAGAGACUUGCAGCAUUUUCAGCGUGAAAAAUAUCAGAAGCCUUGAAACUCCCAAAUUAUUCAAACUUUUUCCGUUUGGCGGCAACAUCAAAACGCCGCCAGUAUAUCGUAUAAGUGGUUUAGGGUUUUAGUGUUCCACCCAAUAGGUCAUAUCAUCACAACGUGUUGUUAUAUGAUAUCCCCAACUCGCACAUUUCUGUUUGAUAUUAUGUAAUUUGAUACAGGUAGACUAAGAAAAGGCGUUUUUUCUCUGUUGUAAAAAAAAAAGAGAUUAACAGAUGUGAAGGACGUUCGGAACAUCAGAAAAAAGAGGAAAAACUAACAAUGAUCUAAUAAAAAUUUAAAAUGAGCUCAAGUGUUUUUGUAGAUUCAUUCAUCUGAUAAAACGGUCAAAGUUCGCGACAAAGACUGGGGAAAAUCGUUCGAUGAGAAUACCAUUCAAAAUGGUGAGUUUUAAUUGAAAAAUACACUGUGUAUUUUGAAAAAGGGGUUGCAGACAGGAUUUUUUUGAAGAUUUUCAGAAGUUAAAGCUUACAAUCAGAAAAUUGAUUUCAAUCGCCCAAUUAUGGGAACUUUUCUCAAUAUCGAAUCAAAAAUCAAAAAGUUGUUUGAAAUUUCUCAAAUAGUUACUAAUUCCUCAGAAGCUCAAGGAAUUCCUGAUCAAAAAAUUUUAAGCCGAAAUCAGUGCUGAAAUUCAAAAUUGAAUUUUUUAAGCCUAUAAAGCAAUUGAAAAGCUUUUCGAAAAUCCCAGAAAUUUAAAAUUCAGCAAUUUUUCAAAAUUUUCACUAAUUUGAUAUUUCGAAAUAUUGAAGCAUAUUUAAAACUAAAUAAUUAAAAAUUAAAGAAACUUGAAAAUAUUUUUUUUUAAUUUCUUUUUCGAAAAGUCUUGAAAAGUUCAAUUUAUAAAAAUUCCACUUUUUUGAUAAUUUCUAGAUCAAAGUUUUAAAACACCGUGAUUCUAGAAAAUUUCAAGAAUUAUUUUAAUUUGAAAAAUCUAGAAGUUUUCAACCCACUGAUCACGAUCCCUUUGUCAAAAAAACUGCAAAAAUCAACUCCUAAUAUGAGUUAUGACGUGGCAAAAUUGGAAAAUUUUGAAAAAUCGGGACUUCACGAUUCGGCCGAAUUUUUGAGUUUUCAAAAUUAAAAAUUAAUUGUACGCUAAAUUUUUCCAGCAUGUGAAUUUUUCAGUUUUUUACAUCUGAAAAACUGAAUUUUUGUUUCAAAAUCGUACUUCGGUCGUCACAAAAGCUUCGAAGUACAAUUUUGAAAGAAAAAAUCUGAAUUUCAGUUCUUCAGAUGUCAAAAACCGAAAAAUUCACCUACUGGAAAAAUUUAGCGUUCAAAAUUUUUAAUUUUGAAAACCCAAGAAUUCCUGAAGUCCCGAUUUUUCGAAAUUCUCAAACUUUGCCACGUCAUAACUCAGGUUAGACGUGGAUUUUUGUAGUUUUCGAAAAAUUCUCAGACAAAACCAUGUUUUGCAGGUUUGGCCGAAUUCUUCUCAGCUCGCGGCCCAGAUUCCCGCUCUACAGUAAUCCGCGAAGCUCUAAAUUCCCUCAAAUCAAUUCGACAAUUUUUCGAAACCCAAAAAUCCUUCCAAUUUUUCGCCUCCUCACUUUUAUUCGUCUAUGAAGCCCGAGAAAAUCUUCCGACAAAUUUGCGAAUUGUAAUGAUCGGUGGGGGAAUUUUUUUCAAGAUUUUUGAAAUUUUUGAAAAAAAAAUUUCAGAUUUUUCCCACGCUUUCAAUUCAAAUGGCGAAAGAGAUGAGGGAUAUUUAUUCGGCGUUGAAAAUCUUCAAAAAUUCCUGGAAAAUUUACUUUAA